AUGGCAGAAGCACUGCUUGCAGUAGUAGGUGCUCCAGUAGCCGCUGAGGUGUACAAAGAUGGGAGAAGCAUUCUUAAUCGCAUCAGGCGCCGAAUGGAUUUAUGGAACGAUCUGGAACAUAACUAUAAAAGGUUAAAAGAGGAAGCAGGGAAGCUGUCUGCUAGGAGGAAUGAUAUAGAGAAUGAAGCAAACAGAUACAAGACAAAACAGUUCACUGAAGAAUGCAAAGAUUGGAUUUCUAGGGUCAAAGAUCGUGAAAAUGAGGUGCAAGAACUUGAAACCAAAUACAAUAACAAGUACACAAAACGAAAGGCGGGAGUACUCAAACCUUUUGCUACGAAACGUAUAAAUUUAAGCAAAUGCAUGGAAGAGAAGUGCGUGGAACUACAACAACUUUGGUCAAAAGGAGAACCAUUGGUUGAAAGAGUACCAUUGGUUGAAAAACCACCCGAGCGUGUGACACAUGCACCCGAAACAAAAUGCAAGCCAUCUUCACUCCAUCGGGCUGUCGAAGAAAUACUAAGGCACCUAAAAGAUCCGAAUGUAAGAAAAGUUGGACUUUGGGGAAUGGCAGGAGUCGGAAAAACAGCAAUAAUGGAGACGGUGAAUAAUAAUGCUCACGAUUUUGAAAUUGUGAUUUUGUUAACUGUAUCAAAGGAUUGGAGCAUAAAGAAGUUGCAACAAGAAAUUACUCAACGACUCAAAUUGAAUGUAGAAGGCAUCGAUGACCCUGUUGAAAUUGCUCAUCGAAUAUCUGUAGAGUUGGAAGGCAAAAAGUACCUACUUCUUUUGGAUGAAGUUUGGAAUGUGUUUAAACUACGUGAUAUAGGCAUCCAGGAGAACCAAAAGGAUAGUAAGGUGGUAUUGGCAACUAGAAAUUAUAACAUUUGUGCAAAAAUGAAUACUGAUGACGAAGUUCAUGCACAACUGUUGUCUGAAAAUGAUGCAUAUCUGAUGUUCCUGGAAGAAUUUGUAUGUCGAAAUGUAGAUCUUUCGAGUAUUGAACAAACAGUCAAAUUAGUUGUUAGAGAGUGUGCUGGUUUGCCACUGUUAAUAAAAACGGUAGCGGGAACCUUUAAAAGUAUGAAGGAUAAUUCUGCAUUGUGGGGGGAGGGGCUACGCAAUCUGCGGAGAUGGCCGAAUGCCGGAGUCCAAGGCAUGGAUGAAUUGAUUGAGGUCUUAAAGUUCAGUUAUGAUGAAUUAGGUGAUGACGAUACAAAGGUUUGCUUUCUGUACAGUGCAUUAUAUGCUGAAAAUUGUAAAAUAUAUGAAGAUCAUUUGUUGGAAUGUUGGAAAGCUGAAGAUUUCAUAAGUGAACGUGAGAAAGGGCGGGGAAUAUUGCGAGAACUUACCAACCGGUCCUUGCUAGAGGGGAGUGAUAGGAUAAAUUUCGUAAAGAUGCACAAAGUGCUGCGGAAUAUGGCCCUUCAAAUUUCUUCUAGAAGCAAUAAUUUGAAACUUUUUGUCAGAAUCCCUGAUAAGCAGCGACAACCCCCCAAGGACAUAGAAUGUCAACAUGUAGAAAGAAUCUCUUUGAUGAAUAAUGAAUUGGGCCGUUUACCAGAAAUGAAAAAUUGCAGUAACCUUUCAACAUUGUUCUUACAGAAAAAUCUUUCCCUAAAAGUAAUUCAUGAGUCAUUCUUUGAAAUCAUGAAAAACUUGCGAGUUCUAGACUUACAUGACACUCGAAUUGAAUUAUUACCAUCAUCGAUAUCUCGCUUGACGCGCCUUAGAGCGCUUUAUCUGAAUUCUUGCCUCCUGUUAAGGGAACUCCCGAUUUGCAUAGAAAAACUUACAUGUCUUGAGAUACUUGAUAUUCGAGGUACUAUGAUUAAUAAGUUACCAAUUCAGAUUAGAAGUUUGAAAAAGUUGAAGUGUUUACGUAUAUCAUUCUCAAAUGUUGGCAGGGGACAGUCAAGCGAUGUGGAAUUUGGUGAAGAUGUCUUAUCAAGCCUUGACUUAUUGGAAGAACUUAGAAUCAAUGGACAUAAGGAUAUUCUGGAAUUGGAGAAUGUUGUAAAGCCUAUUACUCAGAAGGUGGCUUCCUUGAACGACUUCACUUCACUUUCAAUUUUCCCUCUAUCGAAGAAAAAUGAUCACUUCACAUUCCAAUUUUCUGUUGGUGGCCACUACUCAACCAUAUAUCAAAUCCUGGAAUAUUUUGAAUAUCAUCAAAUCAGGACGUAUUUGAAGUUUGUAAAUGGUGAAGGUGCACCUCCUGCAAUUUCAGAGGUUCUUGCAGAAACUGAUGCAUUUGAAUUGAUAGGCCACAUGGGGGCUAAAAAUCUAUCAGAUUUUGAUAUCAAGAGUAUCAACAAGAUGCGAGGUUGCUUGAUUGAAGGAUGCAAUGAAAUUGAAACUAUUGUUGAUGGUGAUAGUUUACAAGAAAGUGCAUUGGAAGGCUUAGAAGUGAUGUGCAUAUAUAAUGUCCCAAAAUUAGCAAGCAUUUGGGAAGGACCUGUUCAUGCUGGAAGCCUAGCACGACUAAAAACUCUGAUUUUACGCAAAUGUUGGAGUUUAAAGACGAUCUUUUCCAAUGGUAUGAUUGCUCAACUCUCUGAACUGCAAAAUUUAAAAGUUGAAGAGUGUCUUGAAAUUGAAGAGAUAAUUAUGGAAUCUGAAAACAUGGGGUUGGAACCUGUUGUGCUUCCAAGUUUGAAGACACUAGAACUUCUUAAUCUUCCAAAACAACGAGAAUACAAUCAAUUUGGAACGUAUUGA